UUGCUUAAUACGCUUGUACUUCCUAUUUCCAUGCCUCUAUUUUAAUUUGUAACCACUCAUCAAAUAAACCAGAUGCAGUUGGAGACUUUGGAACAGCUCUUUGAAUCAUGUUGGUCAAGUUAAGUCUGUGGAUUGCGCUGGUAUCAGUCCAGAACGUCUACAGUGAUCCACAACCUCGAAACUGCUCAACCUCUGCCAGAAUAAAUGGUGGACAUGUCACAUAUUCAAAGGGGGGGCUGGAGGGCAGUGUUCUGACCUAUCACUGCAGACCUGGACAGUACCCGUUCCCUGUGAGCUCCAGAACCUGCAGACCCAAUGGACAAUGGACCACCAUGAGACUCGCCAAUGGCCGACCAGUCACACUGGCUACAUGUAAAGAUGUGAUGUGUCCAGCUCAGUUGCAGCUGGACAAUGGUGACAUCUGGCCCAGAACGCAGUGGCUGAGGGUGGGGGAGGUCCAGAGUUUCUCAUGUGUGGUGGGCUUCACACUGCACGGCUCAGCCCACAGAAACUGCACCAUCAGUGGGGAGUGGACUGGGACUACCCCUGUGUGUCACAACUAUGAAUCAGGUGAUGACUGCGAUAACCCUGGGACACCACCAGGGGCCCAGAGUGAGCGUUUUUCGGGGCAGUUCCUGGUUGGAGACAGAGUGAGCUACACCUGUCAGAGUGGACUGCAGCUGCUGGGCUCUGCUCACAGAGAGUGUCUGGAGCACAGGGAGUGGAGUGGAGCAACCCCAAGAUGCCAAAGUCCGUACAUGUUCGACUCCCCCAGCGCAGCAGCAGCAGCGUUGUCUGGAUCUCUGGCAGGAGUCAUGGACGUCCUGUCUCCGGAGUUCAUUAAACUUAAAACAGCAACUUUUCAGCGAACAAUUGAGGUCUCAGCAGGGAGUCGUCUAAAUGUAUUUAUCCUUCUGGACACUUCUGGGAGCAUCCAGGCAGAUGACUUUGAGGCAUCCAGAAGAGCCACUAUCGCACUCAUCAGAAAGCUGGAAACCUAUGAAGUCCAGAUUAGGUACCAUGUGUUGUCCUUCGCCACUGAAGUCAUAGACAUCGUGAACAUCCUCAACACCUACACACGCAGCAAUGAAUACUGGAUCAUUAAGUCUCUGGAGGAAUUUGACCCAAAACGUCAUGGAGAUAAAACUGGCACCAACCUUUUUGCCGCACUGUCCCGUGUGAAUGAGAAAAUCGCCUUUUUAAAAAUAAGAGAAAGUGAAAGAACCCACUUUAAUGAGACACAAAAUGUAAUCAUAGUGCAAACUGACGGUUAUUCUAAUGUUGGAAAUAAGUCAUCUCUUGCUUUGAAAAUGAUAAGAAGCACUCUUGGUUAUAACAGCACAGUCACAGACCACACCCACGAGAGACUGUUAGAUGUUUAUGUGUUUGGAAUUGGCUCCAAAGUAAAUAAAAAUGAACUGAACUCCUUGGCCUCAAAAAAACGUGGCGAGGAGCACCUUUUCAUUUUAAAAGAUUACGACCACCUUGGAGAAGUGUUCAACAUGAUCGUCAGUGACAAAACAGUGACUGUUUGUGGAGUGGCACAAGAGGAUGUACCAGAGGACUCAACCAUUUACACUCAGCCCUGGCAUAUUAGCAUUGCAGGAUGCUCUGGGUCCAUUCUGAGCCCAAACUGGGUGCUGACAGCCGCUCAUUGUUUUGGUAGAAAUGGUUUAGAAAAGGUCAAACAGGAACAUGAAGUAAAAUAUGGUAAGAAAGUCAGGGAUAAGAACAACACAGUGAUGUCCAAACGAGUGAUAAUGCAUCCUCAAUACAAUGUGGAUGGCCUUAUGCAGAGGAAUGUGAAGGAGUUUUAUGACUAUGAUGUUGCUUUAGUGGAGAUGGAUACGCCCAUACCUUUGUCGUGGAAAGCCAGGCCUAUUUGCUUACCCUGUACUGUUCCUGCAAAUCGAGCAAUGAAGAAAGUGAACUCUACAUGUGAGCAGCACAGGAAGGAGCUGAUUCCUCUAAAUCAGACAUCGGUUUCAUUUGUUCAAAAAGGCUUUGAACGCAAAGAAACUCAUAUUCACACCGGCAAUCAGAGGAGUGCUUGUGUGAAGAAAGCCAAUCUCACACUCCAGUAUAAAGAAGGGACACAGGUCCGGUAUGCAGACGUGACACUGGAGGAGUACGUGCCUGAGCGGUUCUUCUGUUCAGGGGGAACUGAAAACAAACAAGACGCCUUCACCCGCAAAGGAGACUCUGGGGGAUCUCUGUUUCUUGAAAAGCGCAAGCGCUACUUUCAGGUUGGAGUGGUGAGCUGGGGCACUCAAAAUUUCGACAAUGUUAUUAAUAAAGCUGACGCUCGAGAUUUCCACAUUGAUGUUUUUAAAAUUAUGCCGUGGCUCAAGAAAUUUUUGGCCAAUGACAUUCUGUUCCUCUCUGAUGUUAACUAGAAACAGUGUUUGCAGAAGUUUAAAAUGCUAAAUUAAAAAAAUGCACACAAUAAUGCUUAACACUUUGGUAAAGGUUCAUUCUGUCUUCAGUUUUAAAAGAGCCCAUAUUCUGCUAUUUUAUGAUCUAUGUUAUAAAGUUUCCUCAUCAAAAACAUA